AACACAAACUAACGAGCUACAUUGAACGCAGCACUGCAACUGUAAAAUCAGAGCUGCCGGUUAGCACGUGAAGGCGUCUGUUUUUCAAGAGGCACGGAAGAAGUUUUGUGUUUCACAGGAAGAAGACUCAUUUGCGAGGGAUGUGUUGUUGUUGUUUCGUGUGUUGAACGUCUCGUCUGCCUCAUCUUUUUAAACUUCACAGCUGGAAAACACCCGCACGUGCAGCCGAGGAUACGUCAGCCAUGCCACUGUUGAUACUUUAACCUUCGUCCGAAGGUGUUGUUUGAGUGCAGCGGGUAACAGAAGAGCGGCGAGAUGGCCAUCGCCCACGUGGCCACGGAGUACGUGUUCAGCGAUUUUCUGCUGAAGGACACAAACCAGUCUCAGUACAAGAAGGUCCGAACUGAGCUGGCGGUGGACAAGAUGGUGACCUGCGUGGCAGUGGGCCUGCCGCUCGUCCUCAUUUCUCUGGCCUUCGCUCAAGAAGUCUCAGUUGGAACUCAGAUCACCUGCUUUGCUCCUUCUAAUUUCUCCUGGAAGCAAGCUGCUUAUGUGGACUCAUUCUGCUGGGCAUCUGUACACACACACACACUCCCUCUGUGGCUGCACAAGUUCUUCCCCUACAUCCUGUUGCUGGUGGCGGUGCUGAUGUCCACCCCGGCGUUGUUCUGGAGGUUUUCUGCAGCACCCCUCCUGCAGUCGGACCUCAGCUUCAUCAUGGAGGAGCUGGACCGGUGUUACAACCGUGCCGUCACUCGGGCAAAACGCAAGCCCACCACAGGACUGCCCACCCCAGACGGCGACGUCCCCGAGGACUGCUCUGUUUACCCGCUGGUGGAGAAGUUCCUGAUGACCAAGCGUUGCUCGCGGUCGCUGCUGUUUUACUACCUGCUGUGUCGCGGCCUGACUCUGGUCACCCUGCUGGGUGCCUGUGUCUACCUGGGCUACUACCUCCGCCUGGCCUCCGUCACGGACGAGUUUGGCUGCAGCCUGCGCGUCGGCCUGCUCGCCUCCAACCCGGCCGUCCCCGACACGGUGCAGUGUAAGCUCGUCGCUGUGGGAGUCUUCUAUUUGCUGAGCCUUGUCAACUUGGUUCUGUUCAUUGCGCUGAUUCCCGCGGUGAUCUACGCCAGUCUCCGUCCCCUCUUCUGCCAAGGAAUUGCCCGCUUCCUGGAAACCUACCACUCAUUGCCCAACGUGAGCGUCCUGCCUUCUCCUGUUGACCAAUGUGACGAUCUCUCGCUGUAUUUGCUCUUCCUGGAGGAGAACUUCAGCGAACUGAAGUCCUACAAAUACAUCAAGGUGUUGGAGAUGUUGAAGAGACGAGGUGAAUGCUCUGGAGAAGACUUUGAUUCCACGGGUCUGCUGCAGACUCUGUGUCCAGUGAAGAUGGACAGCGUGGACGGGAAAAAACCCACCGGUGCUGCGGGGAAACCGGAUCAAGUCAAGACGAAUGCCGACAGCCCCACAGCACCCGAGAACAGCCGUGAGAGUCCAAACUCAUCCGGGGACAACGACAGCAAGAUGGAAACUGAGAUGAAAGAGCUGGAUCCCUUGUUACUAGAAAACAACGACAUAAGAGGCAGCAAAAGCCGAGAGGGAGACACUCUCCGGCAGCGAGCGCUGUGAUUGGCUGGCUGGUACGACGAGCGCUGUGAUUGGCUGCUGUUACGACGAGCGCUGUGAAGCGAGACCUGGACGAAGUUGUUUCUUGUGUGAAAUAACCUAAACUAUCCCAUGGUGCAUCUGCAGCCCAUGCCCGUCCUGUCCUGAUGGAGGGGGCAGACAAAUGGAAGGGGGACAGCAAACCACCAUCAUUGUUUUUUUAAAUUAUGUGCCUUUUUCUUUUUUAAAGAGUGGUUUGAGAAGCAGAUUUACUUUUGUCUAACAACAGGCAGGGAAAUAAAAAAAGUGAGGAUGCAAAACUAGACACUGGAAGAUGACGGUACUGUAAAACAUGUGUUGGUACACAUUUCAGGAACCAUCGAAUUUGUCAACCCAUUAAAGGGGCGCUAUGCAGUUUUUACUACUUCUGCACUGUUUUAUCUCUUUUUGCUCGCAGGUUUCUCUAUAGACACACACACACACACACACACACACACACACACACACACACACACACACACACACACACACACACACACACACACACACACACACACACACACACACACACACACAGCUUGUUAACCUGUGUCUGACUCCUCGCUCCGUCAGUCUCACAGGUGUUAGGGGGGAGCGAGACGACCACCAUUCAACCCCAAAAAAAGUCCUAUAACUUAUUCCAAUGACUCCGAAGCUUUUCAGUUGAGGUAAAUUAAGCUAAAAAACUGCAUAGUUCCCCUUUAAAAAGGACUCGUACAAACUCAUUUUCGACUUGAUGUUUGAAACACUACGGUACUAAAAUGCAAGGGGUUGGGUUUUAAGUGAGUUAAAUGAUGUAGAAAGUGUCUUAAAGCUGCAUACCAUGACAAUUUCAACUUUAAAGUACAAGUUAAAGUAUUGAUUUGUCAAAGUUACAGUCAUGCAGGAGCGGAGAAUAUAACUUUUUAUGAGCUUAUCAAUAACAUUACAAGGUUGUGAAGAAAGACACCACUCAUUCAGGAAGUCUCCAUAAAAGGCAGCUAAAUGUUUUGGGUGUUUUGCUCUCUGGUUUAUUUUAAAGGAGCAGGCUCAGUUUUUGCAGUCAUUUAUUAUAUAUAUAUAUAUAUAUAUAUAUAUAUAUAUGAUGUUUUAUAUGUGGUGGAGUGGAUCAGCAUGUCUCCUACAUGUCGGUAAUUUUAAGGAAAAGGCUAAGGUAAUAUCCAGUUUGGGGGUUUCGGGUUAAACCAUUUUGUCAGUUUAUACGUUUUUUUUCUCCAGAUGUGUGGAUGUCUCAACCUGGAAUUAAACUUGCCGUGUUUGUUUUGGGAAUCUCAGGGAUAAAAACCAUCUCACUACAUCACACGCGAUUGUCAGUGUUUACGUCGGACUUGUAUCUUAAGCCUCUUCCGCUGGCUUAUACAUGUACUGCACUAAGUGGAACAUUUUAACACAUCUUCAUGAAAUUGGUCAGGUCUUCUCUCUACUAUAUAUCAGCGUGUUUAAGAACUUCUGUAGUUUUUUUGUUUUUGUUUUUGCAUGAUAGCUGAGUGCAGGCCCAUUUCUGGGGGUCCUUAUUAAUGUAAAGUGACGCUUGUUGUUUGUGUUAUGAGAAAACCUUUCCAGUGUUCAAUUUCUGAAGUGACAUUUUGAUGUUGGUCAUGUUUGACAUAUCGUGGCUGUUAAUAUUACACUUGUAGUAUUGUCUGUCUUAAAAAUAAAUAUAGUAGAUUUUA